AUGACAACAGCGCUUCAAGGUCUGUCACGCUUUUCUUUUGUUUGAGAUUGCCAAAUUUUGACGUUAUCAGCUGAUUUCGGCUCCUACUUUUUUUCCACUGCUACAUUUCACGUUCUCAAAAAUGAAGGCUUUUUUGUACCUAAAAUUGACUAAAAAAAUUUUCCACGUGCGGAGAGCUUCAAAGAAGCCAACAGCUGAUUUGUGUGUAGUCUGAUCUCAACAGCCUUCUCGGCUCGUAGAAAAUUGUUUUUGCGGCUCAGCACCCAAUGAAUGAACUAUAAUCUCAGGUGAUAAAUUUUUCGACUCCAACAGCUGAUUCGUAUAUAGUUCGUUAGGUGCAGCCUGCUGUAAUGGUGUUUAAAGGAAAAAAGCCUGGUCUCGUGAUGAAUUCAUCUUCGUGGCUCCGCCUCAUGCCUUUAGGAUCUUUUGAGGAUAAACUAUUUUUCAGGCCACUUGCCGGCGACUGGGAUGUCUUCCGACGCGUUCGAAUCGCUGAAGAAGUGCGUCGCCGGCGGAGCGGCCGCCGCCAUCAGCAAGACCACCACGGCUCCGAUCGACCGAGUCAAGCUACUCUUGCAGGUUUGAUAGAAAUAAUGGAUAGUGGAUAAAUUAGUGAUAUACGAGGCUCGACAUUUGCGAUAACUGAAAAAUUUUAGAUUCUGGAAUUUGAAAAUAAAAUCUUCAUAUUAUCAAAAUCCUUUGAAUGAAUCAUUUUUUUGGGCCGAUUUGGUUUUCGGAGGAGGAGAAUUUGUUAAGGCAACUUGGGAAAUUAAAACAAGGGCAAUAGAAUAUUUUAAAAAAGGUUGCAAAAAAAUUAAAUUAAAUUUUUUUGAAAUACUCGAAAAAAAUAAUCCCCUUUUUCAGUUACAAACAAACGGUGGUGGUCCGGCCGUAACUCAAUACAAUGGGAUCUCGGACUGUUUCCGACGGAUCAGUCUCGAGCAAGGAGCUCUGUCUCUCUGGCGUGGCAACGGUGCCGGUGUCGCGCGUUGCCUUCCAAAUCACGCUCUCAACUUCGCCUUCCGAGAUGUCUACCGUAAUGCUCUUCUGAAAAACACCGACCGCGAUAAACAGUACUUCAGGUUUCUUGUUGGUGAGUUUUGCGUAGUGUUGAACCGAGUUGAAAUGACUGUGGAAAAUUCUAGAUUUAUCGAAAAUUCACUAUGAAUCCCAGCAAAACUCAAGUUUUUCAGGAACCCUGGCUUCUGGAGGCCUUGGCGGAGCAACAACUCUUUUCCUUCUGUACCCUUUUGACUUUGCCCGAACUCGCCUAGCUAUCGAUGCAAAAAAAGAUGGCAGUAAGCAAUAUCGAGGCAUGGUGGAUUGUCUCCGAAAAAUUCGUCUCAAUGAUGGUCUCAGGUCUUGGUACAAGUGAGUGAAAUUUUAGAAAAUUAUGAAAAUGACCUCGAAUUUUACAGAGGAUUCAAUGCCUCGCUCCAGUUUGUCGUCUCCUCUCGAGCAAUAUUUUUCGGCCUUUUUGACUCGAUGCGAACAAGUGUCGCUAAUCCGCAGAAGCUACACUUUGCAGCUGUUUGGUUCAUGGCGCAGGUACAUAAAAAGUUCUUUGUUUGACUCUGAAAAAUAUUUGAAGCUCUGAAAAUGCAAAUAGUUUUGCAGACCUCAAUAGUGGCCAGUGGGAUGAUGUGCUACCCACUGGACACUGUCCGAAGAUCCUUGAUGCUUCAAUCGGGUAGGGAAGUCAAGAAAUACAGCGGAACGAUGGAUUGCUGGAAGAAAAUUUAUCAGUGAGUGAGAAAAAUCUUAAUGGAAACGGUGAAAUUAUGGGUCAAAAAAUAAAAUGCAGGAAGAAUUUAUGAAACAUUUAUUUUAAUACGAGAUUGAAAAAGUUAAGAACUUCUGAUGAAAUAAAUGCAAAUUAAAUAAACUAUUAGAAAAAAUACUAUUUUUUUUAGUCCAUGAUAGUAUUUUUAAAUUUCCAACUGAUAGUUGUGGAAAAAGUCAAUUAUCAAAAAAUAAAAAAUCACCUACAAGUAUUCAAAGCAAAUCUAACGGGAAAAAGAAAAAUUCUAUACGGAAAAAAACAGUAACAUUUAGAGCGCAGAAAAAAACUAAAUAAAAAAAGAAAAAAAUUGGAAGAGGCUAUUUUCGAAGACGCGCAGUCCGCAGGCAGGUCUUACGGUAAUCCGGACGGAAAUUUGCAGACAUUUCUUCAUUUUCAAUUAACAACAAAAAAAUUAAAAAUUUUUUUAAUGUUCCUAGCUUUGAAAUAAACCGAGGUAUUGUUUCAAACUAUUAACUAUCAUCUUCGUUAUCUUGUACUUUUGUUAUUUUUUUCAGAUCUAACGGCCUGCAGGGUUUUUAUCGCGGUGCGCUGACCAACUCAUUGCGCUCAACGGGUGGAGCACUUAUCAUCACUUUUUACUACGAAAUCGCAAAGUAUUUGUAA